AUGCUAAAAUGCUGCUACUCAAGUAUAUUAGAAAUAUUAAAAUCUAAUUUAAAAAAUUAUAGUGUAGGAAAUAUUUUAAUGCAUUUAAAUUUGGCCAAAAUUGGAGAAAGUGUUAAAUAUUCAAUGAAAGAUUCUAACCAAAAAGCAAAUAUUUUUUUAGGGUUUAAGAAUGGGAUAAUCGAAUUUGAUCCUUACAAUGGGAAACAAAAAAGGCAUAAUUUAGACUGGGGCUUAAUUCGUUUUAGAUGGAUAAUAGAUUUACACAACGGUGAGUUACUUUGCUGUGGAGAAAAAUCAAUAAGAAGAAAAAUUGGAUAUUCUAAGCCUAGAAAAGCCACCGUUUUAUUUAUCAUCAAUAACAAAACCUUUAGAGUUAUCAGAGAAAUUCCCUACAGAUAUUAUGAGCAUGAUUGACAGGGAGUCUAUUACAAUAAUGCUGUUUACUUAUUUGGAAACUAUACUUCCACUUCUUUUAACCUUGCCAAAGGAAAAUGAAAGAAAUUAGCUCCUUUGCCAAUGAAUUCCUCUGAAUGCUAUUGCAUUCCUUUUAAAAGAUCUAUUCUAUUAUGUGGAACAGAACAUUCUGAUGUAUAUAAAUAUGAUAUUGAUAUAAAAAGUUAUUCGACACUUGGUUUAUCACUUGAUACUUAUAACGCAAAGUUGCUUCUCUUUCAUAGUAAAAUUGCAUAUUUAAUUGAAUUAAAAGGAUAUAUCUAUGAAAGCGAGGAGGAAAAUGAAUACAGCUGAACACAAGUAGGCUUAGGAAGCAUUUAUGGGCCAGCUUGACAAUUAUAUUGAGCUUCCAAUAAUUCAAGUAUUUUUAUAGGAACUUAUAGCAAGGAUGAUACUUCAAACUAUUAUGAAUUUCAGCUCAGUCAGAAAAAAUUGAUUCAAAUUUGUCUAGACUCUGAAAAAAACCUCAACUAA